AUAUACAAUUAUAACAUGCAAUUUUUAUAAAUGAGUUGCUGCGAACGUUGAUCAAAGUUUAUCGAACCAAGGAGCGCAAUGUUUCUCGACGGGGUUGAUCUUUGUUUUAGACAAGAAGCACAAACGUCGGUACCAAAUGUGCAUUAUGAAUACGUAACGAUAAUACGACAUAUACCUCUAUAAGCAUUAAAUUCCACGUCGAAAUUAAACCCGACGAGGGAAAGUAUUAAUCUUGUGCAUUAGGUACGGCCCAGUCCACUGACUUCUCAUACAGGCACAUACAUGCACGCAUACGAGCAUAAAUAUAUCAGGAUUCUCUAUUUUGAUCAAGAUUUUUCACAGUACAAUUACGAAACGCCUUUCGUGCGCCACGUUGAAUUUCUUAAAUAUACGAAUAUACAGUAAUCCCUCGAUAAAGCGACGCUGGUCGAGUCCACUCGCGUCGUUACAUCGAGAGAAGGUAUUUUUUUAUUCUUGCUGCAAGAUUCUCAUCCUUCAUAUAUUUGCUAACAUUUCUCGGGCCAUAAGAGAUAUUGAAAAAAGAAAUGUUCAACGCAGAACGUUAUGGUUUCCGAUGCUCUAUGGUACUGUGAUAAAAGAUUUAAAAAUUCAAGCAGUGGCGGGAGACAUUUCUCGGACAAACAUUGUUUUAAUCGAUACCUUCGAUCUUGUCAAGUGGAUCGAUCGAUAAACAUCCGUUGUCAACCAAUCGAAUCGAGGGAUUGCUGUAUCACUAAACAAAAUUACUACUCUUCGCUGAAUUCUAACACAUCGCGUUGCUCAAACUAUACAUCCGAUGAUAAUUAAGAGUUUGUACGAAAAUUUGUAUCUCUUUCUAACGGGAACGUGAAUCGGAGCUUUUUUUACUCGACGGUGACUCCGGAGGGGCUUAUCCUCGUGUUGGUUCGCUCGCACGAAUUUUUCGAUUCAACGUGGUUGCAAAUUGUACCUCAACAACGGUCGUGCCUAAAGAAAGGAAGAAGCCUGACGAUCACGAGAUAACCGAGAUAACGAACGAAUGGAACCUGGAAACAUUAGCGAUACUGUAACGAUCUCGCGGACAAAGCUCGGUCGGAAUUGAAUUCUCUCCCUCAAGUUCCUCGAACCUUUCAAACUAUUUUUUAUGCAGAAUAUCGGAUUCGCGGGUGUGACGCGGAGCUGGUGUCGGGAUUGUACAAGUGCCAAGCUUUUCGAAAGUGUCUUUUACCGAGAAUAUGGGAUGCAAUACGAUUCCAUGGAGUACGACGCGAACGAAUUCCGUGAUUCGCGACAAUUAAUUUCGAAUCCUCUUUAUCCACAAGCAAAUCGAUCGACUCGUCUCGAUUCAGAAAUGUUUUCGCGUUGGAUAAAAUCGCGAAGCGCUCGAGUUUCGUUCGCGGCGUACUCGGUGAGGCUAUAGAAACGAUUUACAGAGACUUUAAACGAAAUAUAUAGCGAGAUUUCAUGUAUUUUAAUAUAAAGAUGGUUCGUAGUGUUGUGUUAGAGACAACAAAAAAAUCAACGUAGGGAGUUUCGUCUCACGCUAGAAGAAAGUCAGGUGGAUAAACGAGAGUAGCCGAGGCACGCACUCGACGAUUUACGUACUUCCAGGUUACAUUCCGAGGAAACGAUUUUAACGAUACAUAGAGUAAUCGAAGGAAAGUCUCGUUAAUUACACAACGAUACUACAGACGUUGGUUCGAUGUAUUGAAUGUAUUUAUGUAUAUGAUGUAACAGCUGUUAUUGGCCGACAGAUUAAAGCAUGUCGAUUAGGAGGACGUAUCUGGAGGAACCUCGACAUCCCUUGACCUCUGACUUAUCUUCACCUUCUUUCUUGCUUAACACAAAUUAUUAUUUCUCGCGAAAAAAGAAAUUGUUUUAAAGUACGGACACCAAUUUUCGAUUGCCUUGCAUCGAAAAAAAAAAAAAUUCCGUGCACGGACAGACUGAUUUUAUCGAAUUUCAUAGUGAUCGCGACUCGGGGUGCAAGAAUAGACAACAGCGUCUACAAUGCGUCGAAGUAUCGCGUUCAAUGGCACCUCUUGUACCACGUCGAAAUUUUCGAGAAUUCUGCCAACGAAAAAAUCUAACCGCUAUGCGUUUUACGUAACAACGUACAGUUGUUUAAUUGGUCCCCGUGGACGUGCCAAGGGACAAAUUAUAUCGAAUGAACGCAUCGAAACAAUACCUGUUGGCGUGGGAACAACAUGCCAUAUUUUCGUAACUGUCAUCGGAUGAGGAGACGGGAAACACCGACUCCCAGAAGUUAUGCGUGUCGUUGCAUCAUGCAAAGGAUUACUGCUUCAAAAUUAAAGUUUCACGGAGCUCCACCUCGCGAAACGCAAAAUUAAUUCUCUCGAAACUAGAAAAUUGCAAAUGGAAGGAGCAAAGUAAAAAACCAUAAGAAGUGAGGCCGAUCGAUACAAUUCAUCCUGAAUUUCUUCAAGACGAAACUUCUGAAGACUCCUCGAACGAAAAGAGUCGAAAUGGUGUUUCUUCGGACGGCAAUUUCUGGCGACUCGUUCCGUGUUAUUGCUCGACAGCUCCAUUCUACGAUGUUUGUUUUGCAAAAUCCUCUGUUUCCGACUCGAAAUAAUGAAAGUUACGAUGUUGAGAACGUUUCAAAAAAGCCUGAAACAGCGAAACGCAAUGAGGAAACAAGAAAACACGAAUAAAGUGGGCCGAGCCCCAUUUUGGCGUGCGAAGAACGGGAACGGAAUUCGCGAAAACCUCGACGAAUUUAUUUCGCAUGCCAGUACCGUGAAUCAGACAACGCAAAUUGCGAGUUCGACUUUAUUUGCGUAACGAUAUUUCCGGUCGGCGUUUCGACCGUGAACGGCCACGAAGAAUUUUCUUCGACCGCCUCUGCAUUACGCGCUGCUUACCGUCCGCUUGAGAAUCACCUGUUCGAGCCUUUAAUUAAUCAGAACCGGCGGACUUGACCUUUUCGAUACUCUGUCUCUCUAUGACGGGGAUCCCUUUAAUAAUGGUAGGUCCACUGGUAGAUUUUUUGAGAAAGUAGUUUUACGAACAUGAAUACGCAAAAAGUAAUCGGGUCGUUAUAUCUCAACACGUCGACUGCCAGACUAAUACUCUUGAAAAUGUCCAAUAGUCUGUAAAGAAAAUUGUAUCGAAGCAGAAAUUUCCAAUAGUAUUAAUCGGGCAAUCAACGUGUUAUAAAGAAACAGACCUAAUCUUGUUAAUAUCUACAGUAGCAACAGUGACACUAAAUAAUUAGCCACUUGCGAGACCCCGAAAGUAAGAUCAACGUCUCCUCAAAAUCCUCCUUCCGCGUACCACCCUCGUUUCGUCCUUUUCUGUCGCCGAGAAUGCGACACCAUCCCCGAGAUGUGGCUCCAAAAAUAGCUAUCGAUACCUGUCAUUCGACGCGCGUACGCGAAAAAGCGAAACGGCUCCGAAAUAAAGCUAACCGCGGAGCCGCGCGACGACAAGCUGUCAUAAAUCAACGAGCAGCGAAUCGACAAGGCUCUGGCAUCGUCGUCGGUCCACAGCCGUGAGCGUCGCGACGCGGUGCUCGUCGGUGCUAUUUCAAAGUGAAAAUAGUGGGGCGUCUCUCUAUUUCGGUCGAACGAGCCAGGGCCGAUCAGUCUGCGGCCUGGCUUCCUCACCAGGAGGCGGCGAAUUCCGAAUUUCCAUUUUCGCUGUCGCGAUUCAAGAAAACAAUCCGAACUGGGACUCGUCGAAGGAAAAUUCGCGGCGUCGCGCGAACAACGCCGUGGAAAUGUUCAGGAAGAAUCUGUGGCUGGACUUUGGAAAGGAAGGGUUCCCAGGGAGUUAAGAUGUUCUGGUCAGAGCCUGACGAGGAGGAGGAGGCGCUACUAUGCAGCCCUGCCCUCAUGGCCAGGAGGGCCUCGGAGUCCUGGAUCGUCGCGCCUCCCGUGGAGGCGAUGCCGGCAGCGGCGGCGGCGGCGGCGAUAUCCCUUCAACGAAAGAAGUCACUGCCGGAUGUGGCGCAGCCCAUCCAGCUGACGGCCACGGCACCGCUCUCCAGGGAGGAAGUCAGCGUUCUGAGCAGCAUGAGGAGGGAGGAGAUCCGCAGGCAGAUCGACGAGAGCGAAAGGCUCCGUGCCAACCCUUUGCUCUACUUGGUCAGUCCUCAGGUUAAAGACUGGUUCUCCCGGCAGCAGCUCGUGAUGCUGGUGCUGUUCAUCAACAUAUCCCUAGCCCUGAUGUUCUUCAAGCUGCUGACGUAGCAGCCAGCCGACGAUCGGGUUCACGGACUCGUGGUGGACGUGACCUGAGGCCCGAGGAGCGUCGCGACGCCCCAGUGCCGUCACCGUAAACCAGAACUCGAGGAGCAAUGAACCGGAGGGCGCGAGGGUGCCCUCGACGCAAAAUCACGAGGACAAAACCGCUGAAAACGGCUUUCGAGCGAUUUUACUCGGUCCCACGCAGGGUUGGACGCGAAGGAACCGACGGCGAGGACCUCGAGGAUUCGCGUGGGACCGGAUCGACGGACAACGAGAGCCUCGCGGAGAGAAUUUUUUCGAUAAGGAGCGACGUAUUCGCGAGAAUCGCGGAUUUCCCAUCCGCGACGAUCGAAGAGGGCCAGGACUCCUCGCGAAGGACGAAGGGAACGGCUCGUUUUUGUCCGAGACACGGGGCACUCGCGACGACGACGUGCCCCGCGCGCCUGUAUCAUACCUAUUUUUACACCGAGUAUUUUAAUAUAUUAAUAUUUGUAACAGCUGGCCAACGCCAAGCUCUGAACACGGUGCGCACACACGAAUACUCUCUACACUUUAUCCUUUUCUUUUUCGACGAUCGACUCGAGCGCGGACGAUCAGGUGGUAUAUAUCAAUUUUAUACGCGAUAGAACAGCUAGAGUAGCGCGAGCUAUUUUGCUCGAGACAUCCUCGAACGGGGAACGUGGGUACGGUGGUGAUUUUCGAACGUUUUUGCACGUCCUGUGUCAAGGGUUAGAUAGGCGAUAGGGUUAGAAUCGGAGACGAGCGAAAUUCUUACGUGGACGGCAAUUUCGAACGACGAACGAAAGACGGAUUACUUUUUAUUCGUCGCUGGUUGGACGAGGAUCAGAAUUUCGAAGGGGACAUAUCGCAUUCGAUGGAAUUUAACGCACACGACGAACGCGUGAAUAAAAUUUUGUUCGUCUCUGAUUAGAAAUAAAUCGACGCUUCGAUGUACAUUCGCAGCCGCGAUGAGAGAGACAAUGAAAGAAUCUGAUUUGACGAUACGUGGCAGUUACACUGGUAAAAAUAGUAGGUUCUGUCAAUGUCUUGGCCAAUAUCUUUUAGUCUCCGGCCAUCUACGAGUUAAUCUUCAUCUUUGCCUAGAAGAAGCAACGAGUUUCGAGUUUCUGGACGUUUGUCGCGAUUUUGUACGAGUCCGAGGGACGGACGGUCACGGGUUGCGCGACUAACGGUUAUAAUGUAUUCAUGUGUUAACGCCGUGUCCAUGUAAUCGUGUGGGUGUCACGUGGAUAUCGAGUCGCGUAAUUGUAAUCGCGCAAAUUGUAUAAUGGGAGAUCGCUUCGCUCGCAAAGCGUCCCUUUUCGCCUUCCAUGCGAAACUGUUGUACAUAGACACAUUUUUCCGACUUUUUAUAUUACACUUAGGGUCAGCGCGCGAUCGGGGUUUCUCCAUCGAUCGACGACGCUUAAAAUAAAAGCGAGAACGUUGGCUUCGCGAUAAAAGCUCGUUUAUCUCCGAUCACGGUGGAAUUGUAUCGUUUUGAAGGAAUGGAGACGUAAAUGAUUAAAAAACGAACAAA